GGUGGAGGUGUCUGCUGACCGCCUGCAGGGGCUGCACCUCAGCCAUCUCAGGUGGCCUGGGAAACCCCCAUCUGCCCCUGCAGCACACACUGAAAGCAACAGUUAUAUUUUUGGAGUGGCCACGGGCACUGUGGCUCGCUCCCUAAGGCUUCAGUUCACUUCAGGAUGAGUCGGCCAUGUGGCACUCUGAGCCGGGAUUAACAAGCAGAGAGCAGUUUGUCCCGACAGCCGCUCGCCAAAGCCUCUCCAGUAAAACACUAGCAACACCUAUUUCCACUUCAGGAGUUUGAAAUGCUGAUGGAAGUCAGCUACGGUAACGGGCUGGAUUCUGACCUUUCCCAGCAGUAUCCUCCACCCUUACUGCCAAAACCAGGCAAAGACAACGCGAGGCUUCAGAAACUCAAGAAGAAGAGAGCCAAGAAAAAAGGCAGCCUCUCUCAGACGCCCGUCCCCUUUCGCUCCUGUUUGUCGCCUGUCAACGAAGCGAGCACAGACCUUGAGCACAGCGACCAGUCCAGCCCAGCAAGGACACCUGAUUCAGCCUACAAUGCAGAGUCCUCAGUGUCCAAUUUCCCGCUUGGCUCCCUCUACGAUCAGUCUGCAUCUGCAUACCCUCAUCCUCGGAGCAGCCCCUAUGGCCAAACUGGCAGCCUACCCCCUCAAUCCUACAUAUCUCAGAUCAGGACGUCUGAAGAACAGGUGGCUCCGCUAUAUGAGUGUUCCUCUUUUUUAUUCGAUGACGUGACCCCUUUCAUGAUGCCACAUUUGGCUUCACCACCCCCCUCACCACCUGAGCAGGUUCCAGCACCACCUCUUUCUUCUCCUUUGAGCUUAAACACAACACCGAAUUCCCAUGGGUCAGUCACAACAGUCCCUCCAGUCGCUGAGUCGCAGUCCAGCACUAAAAUAUCAACUCACAGCCUGAUCCUAUCCCCAGCCGCCCCCAACUGUAACACAGGCCCGGCACCUUCUCAAGUUUCAAAUGUACCUCCUGUUCCACUGCUGCUCUCAGUUUCAAACACUCAGACACAACCUUUUACACUCAGCCACUGGGAGACAAACGGCAGUUCAAAGGACAACCCUCAGAGCCAGACAUCAUCUUGGACUGCCAGACCUACCAGUAAUGGCAACUUUUUUCCAAGCCAGAUGUCCCCUGAGAUAACUGCCUCAAAAAUAUCACUUGUUCAAGCAGUGAAAGAGACAAGGCCUGAUGCUGCACAAACCAGGAUUUACACAUCAAAGGCAAAAUUUUAUGAGAUUGCUAAACCUCCCUCCAUCCAGGACCUCACAGUAAUAAACCCCACCUACCAGGAAGCAUCAUUGUCUGCUGAAUACGAAGAGAAAACAGCUGUGUCAGUGGUGAAAACUGAUCCGAAAUCGUCCUGGCCCCACUGUGGAAGACCUAAGACUCCCUCUUGUACACCUGCUCGAGUGUCCACGCCCUUUAUUGAAAUAUCGAAACCUAACCCGCUUUUAUUUGCAGCAAGUCCUGCUUUCAACUGCUUCCAAGAUUUACAAGCUCCUGCAAUUCCCAAUGAGGCUUUAAGACACAAAUCACUGAUUCAAGCUAAUGGUAUAAGUAAACCUCCAGCUGCCACUGAUGAAUUGAAGCAGACUGAUGUUAAUCACAUUCCUUCAGUCAAACAAGCCAGCAAUUACAAAAAGAUAGAGAUUCAAAAUACACAAAGGAGUAAAAUAAAUACUGAGCUGUACCCCGGAGAGAAUUUAGCAUCAAGUAUGACAGCACCUGAUUCUCCUGUGGUCAAACCAACACUAAUAGAAAGUGAAGCUUCAUCUUUGCCAAAGGUUCCAUCAUUUUUCUCCACUGUACCAAAGACCUCAAGUCUCAACCCCACACCAGUGAUUUCAAUGCAAGCACCACCAAGUCCAAGCCCCCUGUUGUCUACUUAUCAUCCCCCUGUGGUUGAGGCACGCAAGUCUUUGACGUCACUAUUGGAGACUCAAAUGUCAUUGGGGACUUCAAAGCCCAAAUCACGUUCAAUGUAUUACGGGCUUACUCCGGCUGAGUAUGUUGCCUAUGGUGGGAUUAGGACUAUCGCAUCGCAUCAUAGCCCUGUACCCCCCAGCGUCAUUGAAACCUCUUCAAAUAAUACACAGUCAGAUGUAGCUGUAGAUGGAUCACAUGUCUCAAAGUCUGAUGCAACCAAACAACUCAAUGGACAUCAAGAUCUUCCCUCUUUGGUGGAAGUUUCUACUGCUCACAUUUUACAACCUCUGUCAACUCCAAUGGAUUCUGAGCUUCCAGCUAAACAGAACAUCACACAUAGAAAAGAUGUUCUUGAAGAAAGUCAGUCUGAAGCUCACAGUGUUGGGAUACAAUCACUUAAAACAUCUAGCGUGGACACAAUAAAACCUGAUCUUUCCCUUGGCUUGGCACAGAAAACAAUGCAACAAUCCACAAGUGACGUAUCCACACCAAAAGCCUCAUACUCUGAGGCUCCAAUACCAAUACCUAAAGCAGGUGAGGUACACACACAAAGUGCGGCACUAUUUUCUGUAGAGGCAGCGUUAAAGACUCCAUGCCUGAGUGUGAGCAGUGAUCUAUCAAGUUCUUCCUCACCUUUAGUGAAAGUAGAUUCAAAUGCAGAAACACAGCAUAGCACAAAAGGGAUAGAUGUCAUAGAGAAAGGUGACAAUCUUAAGAAAACUCCUACAAAAGGACAAUCCAAGGUCACAAAACAAACAGAGAUAGCUCUGGCUCAGUCUUACCAAACUGCUAGUGUAGUCAGUCCGUCAACAGCCAAUACUCUUAAUGUCCAACUCACUGCCAAGCCUGUUAAAGACCUAGCUGACUGUAAAAAUCUGGUUGUUCAAUCUUGUGCCACAGAGUUAGAGCACAAAUUCUCAGAGAAUGCCAUCAUAAAUGGUGAGUUCAUCCUAGGAAAACAACCAGCCACCAAACUGGUUUCAGAAACACCACUGCCCAGUAAAGUGGCCACAGCAGCAGUUUUACACAAACAAAGGGAAGAGGUUAAACAGCAUAUCAAAGCGAACAGCGGGUUCACUCUACCCAAUAAAACAAACACGGGGAACAUUUUGCCUUCUGCAGCUGCUCAUACAGAACUUAUUCUUGACAAAAUACAUACUGAGCCUCAAUUCUCUAAAGACUCUAUCAUCACUACCACAGGAUCCAUUUUGCCACAUGAGCCUGUCACAGCAUCUGUAUGUUUUGCACAGUCCAAUAUCUGCACAGUAUCUGCAGCCAUCCAAAGCAAAAAAAUAGUACAACAGCUCAGCACAGAAACUAAAAUUCUCAGAAAUAGUAAAACGAUAGACAACAACAUCCAUUUGCCAGGAGAAGGUAUCUCUGCAAAAUCUUCUCAAGCACCAUGUGUACCAAAUACGCCUGCUAUUAAUAUUAACUUAGUGGGCAAAUCUACCACAGAAACCAAACUACCUGACCUAUCUGCCACUGCAGCUACAUCACCCAACCUUUCAAAUGUUAAAUUCCCUUUAAAUAUGACCUCCAGUGCACCCACAGUACUAACCAAAACUAGUGAGAAUGUACUUCUAAACAUGCAGAGUAGCAUAGGAUCCAGAGGCCAAGUUGUUCAAGGAGCAAAUUCAAGCAGAGCUACAGUAGAGGCCACACGCGCACCUCAAACCAGUUUUAACAUCCCUGCUAACGAUUCAAUACUAUCGAGCCAAGUUAAUACAGAAGCCAAACUCCUCGCUUAUAAUAAUGUUGACACUAACAGAAACAGCAACUCAACAGAAUUGCAUCCACAACCCACCAAUGAAAGAGUAGGCCUAUUGACUGGGAAAACACCAACAGAGCAUCUUCCCACUAUACAUAUUGGUGGAGAAAACAUUCAAACAAAAUCUGUUGCUGAAACAAGACCUAACCUUUCAAAAGAAAACACAGUGCUGAACAUGUCUAGAAGUGAAACCAAACUGUAUAACAAACUGUCUGCAGGAUUAUCAACUGUCAGUAAAUCUUCCACAGGUAUGGUCUCACCUAGACAACCAGGAGGUAUAGAGGCUACUCAACACAUCAGAUCUGUUGCAGACCCACCAGUGAGCAUUGAACAUUAUUUUGAUAAUGUACAGGUUAGAAAAACGUCUGUGCCAUCUAGCCCUACCAUGAGGCAUGUGACAGCAAAAAGCCCUCAGCUGAGAUCAGACAGACCUGAUAGUCUAUCUGCAACAAAGCCAGUCAUCGAUGCAAAACCUGCUUCUGGCUCUGUUGCUCAAACAAGAAUCUACACAAACUCAAAAGCAGAUGGGAAACAGAUCGUCAACCUUCUUGCUGAGCACAGAUCAUCUGAGCCAUCAGCACCACAAAUUACCGCUAAAACCACUGUAAAAGACCAGACAAUUAUAGUCAACAAAUCAUUAGCAAGUCCCACUACAAAAACCAAAAAAUCUGUAACAUCUAAUACUGAGACAAUGUCCUGUUUUUCAGGUAAUGUCAUGGCUAAUGUAUCUAGUAUCAGUUUAGAACAGCAAACCAUUGCAAGGUCAAGUCAAAUCACAUCGUCUGGAGAUAAUGUUCAAACCUCUGUGAAUUCACUGAGCUCUCAGAAUGGACGUAAACAAUUUAGGCAAUCUGUCACUGAAACAAAGAAAUCUAUAGAAACUAAUAUUCACACUGUAAAUCCUCAAACCCUUUCACACACUGAUUUAAAUAACCAUGCAGCAACAGAUAUUUACCCCCUUGAUAAAGCCACCAGAGAUGCUAAAGCCCCACUUAGCCCUCAUACAGUAACUAAACCUUGGACAGCAACAAGAGCCUCCCCUCUACCCGAGGCAAGAAUGUGUAAUACCCCUAUUCAAACCUAUACUCCAACCCUACCCCAGUCCUCUCAAACUCCUGUCUUUUUAAACCAUAUGACAGAAACAAAACCCUGGUCAUUUAUUAUGAAAGACCAGACAAACUCUCCCCUUAUACCUCUUCAGAAUAAUACACCUUCAAACAAUGUUCAGCCCUCUGCUAACUCAAUCAAAGAGAAUAUCUCAAAACCAGGAAUCAAACCACCCACAACUAAGGAUUAUUCAGUCCUAACUAACAAUACUGAGGUAAAAGUACAUUCCCAAACACACAAGAUAAAAACAAAUCUAGCAACUAAUUCCAGUAGGGAAGGAAAACUCGCCUCACUUAACACUGAAACUAGCUCUCCCAUCUAUUUUAUCGAUGCUGUUUUAACCAGUAAACCUAUUGUAAAAGCACAACCUCCCAUGAAGCAGGUAGAAUCACCACCAUCCUCAGCCGCUGUAGAAACUAAACUCUCAGAUGUAAAAAACGAUUUCUCAAAGUCUCCCCCUAAUCCGGUCCAGAAUUGCUUGCACCUUGGUAAUGUUCAGUCAUCGACAGAGCCACAAGUAGAGAACAUUUUCCCUGCAAAGCCAGAAACAGACACUGUCAUGAAACCACCCAUAAAUAAAGCCGCUGUGAUUGACUCUGCCACUCCUGCCUCUCUGCCUCAGGCCUCAGUCUCAAUCAAAGCUCCAUCCCCAAACAGAGGAACAUCACCGCCAUCUCAGCAAAAAACUGGACUCAAAGACAAGGACCUUCUGAGGACCAAAACUACAGCUGCACCGACGGAAGCUCCGGCAGUCAAACCCUCCACGAAGUCAGCGACAUCAACUGCAUCUUCAACUACUGAAAAGAAGAUUAUGCAGACAGAGACAUCCCCUUCAUCAAAUGAGCCCAAAACAGCCCAGAAACUGAAAGGUCUUAAGGGUAAGCUCAGUGGAUGGACACGGCUCAAGAAACACAUGGUCAUUGAGCCGGAGGAACCUGAAUUUCCACAACCAGAGAUCAAAUCUAAGGUCGAUUCUAGUGGCAGCAACGAGACAACAGAUCAUGGUGGUAGUGAUAAGUUGUCAGAAGACCAGUGUGGUAAUCAAGAGGCAGUUAUGAACAAAGAAGGUCCCAAGGCAUUGAAGAUGUGGGAUGCGCUCCUCUUUCAGAUGUUUUCUACCAAAGACCGAAUCAUGCACCAGAUCAACGCCACCAAGAAAGAUUCAGACAAGAAAAACGCCUCUAAAGACAGUCAAGCAGAAGUUCCCUCUUUUGUCAAUCGGCUGCCGAUUUUGCUUUACAGCCCCCGCUUUGAUGCCAGGAAGCUCAAAGAGGCGGCAGAGAAGCCGCUCACAAAAAUAGCAGCAGUGUUUGAAAGGGGGCUCAUUAAACGCAAAGGUCAGGAAGACGAACAUAAGGACUUCAACAGAAAAGCUAGAGGAUUUGGUUCGACGAAAACUACAGAUAUGAACUGAUGCAAUAGUAUGUUUGGGGCUGAUGAAUGAUAAGUGAUGUGUUCGGUUUCUCUGUUGUGUAAUUCAUCACGAAACACAAUGAUGCAGUGAUCUCAGGUAGGUGAGGGAGAAUCGGAGAAAACGAAGCAUACAAAGAGAAUCUGGAAGAAAAUAGUUUAUUUAUGGAUUUCUGCAGUAAAAUAGCUGAAGUUAAUUUUAUAACUCGUUGCUGCUGUGAGGAGGAAAAUUAUCCUCGAGGGGAGAAAAAAUAUAUAUAAGUGUCAUUGAUUGCCGCUUUAUCAACAUCUAUUUUACCUGAACAAAAACUUUUGUCAUGGUCUUUAAAUUUAAACUGCUAAGAAAGCAAAGAAUGGUCAAAAAUAAUAAUACAGCGAUUAUACAGGUGUGACAUCUUUGUACUUUUAACAAAAUCAAAUAAGGAUUUGACAAAAAAAAGACAAGGCAAAUUAAAAAGCAUUAUAUACUCCGCAACUCUACUUGGUUAGAUUUGUUCUUUUUUCAUUUAAUGAUAGAUGUAGCGUUGAAUGCAUGUGCUGUAGAUACUUUGAUAGAUAAAAGAUUGUUUCAAUUGCCAUGCUCUACCUUUUUCUAUUUUUCUAAACAAAGUAAGGCCUUUAGUGCGCAGCGCUGGUAGGCAGUUUUUAAUCUGUGAUAAAUAGGGCUUUUACAUUCCUGGAACAACAGGGCAGAUAGAAGGAAGAAGGAAAACAGAGAUCGAUGAAAUGUGAAGGUGCAGUCAGAACAGAUUUAGGUGUCUGUAAGUCACGUAUGGAUGGAAACGAAGCGGCAGAUGUCUGGGCUUUCGAUCGGGGCAGGAAACUACAACCACACAGGCUGGUACAUCUUGGGCUGGGUUACAUGGGCUACGUGGCAAUGUCGUGUCUUUUGGUCGGUUGCUCCACUUUGGUCUUGACUGACAUGUUUUAACAUGUAUUAGAUGGUAAACUUUAUACCAGUCAAACACUAACAUGCUAGCAUUGUCACAGUGAGACUGUUAACAUCAGGUGAAAACUGACUAUAAUUGAUUUUUUUGGUAGUAUUUGAGACCAUCACUUUAUACAUUGCCAAGUCCUAAUACAUCCCAAAAUAAAAUUCUUGUUUCUUCAUAUCAGCAAUAUUGUGUAAAAACUCUUGACUUUUAUUAUUUUUUAAAGAUGUUAAGUACUCCAACGCCCUUUGUCAGUUGGGGAAAGUCUAUGAAGAUAAACUUUAAAAUGUUUGCAUAUAUAUGUAUAAGGCUGUUUUCCUUAGUUGCAAGAAGUUGGAGAGCCAUUGUUUUCAUCCGACAUUGAUGAUAUGAUAACAAAAUUUCCAGCCACUAUAAGACAUAAACAUAGUCACUGUUGAUGGAUAGUAAUUUCCUGCUCUGUGGUGGAUCUUCUAGGACUUGUGAACACUAUUACUGAGUUUAGAUUGUAACUAGGAUGUAGAAGAGAAGACCAAUGAAUGAUGAUGAUGUUGAUGAUGAUGAUGAUAAGACCUGCUGUAGGAGGACUAAAGAAGAAUAUGUUAGAUGAUGAGUGUGAUGUUUCACAGCUUCGGAGGAUUUUGCUGCUGCCGUAGCAGAUAUAAGCAUGUUGAUGUAUUUUGACCCUUUUUGUCUCUGUAUUGGGUUUUGGAAAUUGUUGUUUUCCCUAAGAUGACCAUCGUGACGUGGAAUUUAUUGUAGGUGAGGGGGACUUUACCCCUGUAAGCUAACCAUAGCCCCAUUUAUUACACUGACGCUUAAACUAUAAAAUGUUUUUGUUUACUGCGUGAUUCUCAAAAAUGCAUAAAUUUGAAUGUGAAA